CGGAGGAGGCGGAGGAGGCGGCGGCGGCGAUGGAGGUGAAGCGGCUGAAAGUGACCGAGCUGCGGUCGGAGCUGCAGCGACGGGGCCUGGACUCACGCGGCCUCAAGGUGGAUCUGGCGCAGCGGCUGCAGGAGGCGCUGGACGCCGAGAUGCUGGAGGACGAGGCCGGCGGUGGCGGGCCCGGGCCCGGUGGGGCCUGCAAGGCGGAGCCUCGGCCUGUGGCCGCGUCGGGCGGCGGCCCGGGCGGGGACGAGGAGGAGGACGAAGAGGAGGAAGAAGAGGACGAGGAGGCGCUGCUUGAGGACGAGGACGAAGAGCCACCCCCUGCCCAGGCCCCGGGCCCGGCCGCGCAGCCGUCGCCGGAGCCCCCGGAGGCGGCAGCCGUGGAGGCCGCGGCCGAGCCUGAUGCCUCCGAGAAGCCGGCGGAGGAGGCCACGGCUGGGUCAGGUGGGGUGAAUGGUGGCGAAGAGCAGGGCACCGGCAAGGGAGAGGAAGAGGAGCCGGAGGAGCGGAGCGGCGACGAGACGCCGGGAUCCGAGGCGCCGGGUGACAAGGCCGCGGAGGAACAGGGAGAUGACCAAGAUAGUGAAAAAUCAAAACCAGCAGGCUCAGAUGGUGAGCGGCGGGGGGUAAAGAGACAGCGGGAUGAGAAGGAUGAACAUGGCCGAGCUUACUAUGAAUUCCGAGAGGAGGCUUACCACAGCCGCUCAAAGUCUCCACCCCCCCCUGAAGAGGAGACAAAAGAGGAGGAGGAGGAUCAAACUCUUGUGAACCUGGACACGUAUACCUCGGAUCUCCAUUUUCAAGUGAGCAAAGACCGCUGUGGAGGGCAGCCACUUUUCUCAGAGAAGUUCCCCACGCUUUGGUCUGGGGCACGGAGUACUUAUGGAGUGACAAAGGGGAAAGUCUGUUUUGAGGCCAAGGUAACCCAGAACCUCCCAAUGAAAGAAGGCUGCACAGAGGUGUCCGUCCUUCGAGUUGGAUGGUCUGUUGAUUUUUCCCAACCACAGCUUGGUGAGGAUGAAUUCUCCUAUGGUUUCGAUGGGCGAGGACUCAAGGCUGAGAACGGGCAGUUUGAGGAAUUUGGCCAAGCUUUUGGGGAGAAUGAUGUCAUUGGCUGCUUUGCUAAUUUUGGGACUGAACAAGUAGAACUUUCCUUUUCCAAGAAUGGAGAAGACCUAGGUGUGGCAUUCUGGAUCAACAAGGAAUCCCUGGCAGACCGGGCUCUCCUACCCCAUGUCCUCUGCAAAAAUUGUGUUGUAGAAUUAAACUUCGGUCAGAAGGAGGAACCCUUCUUCCCACCACCAGAAGAGUUUGUGUUCAUCCAUGCUGUGCCUGUUGAGGAGCGUGUACGCACUGCAGUUCCUCCCAAGACUAUAGAAGAGUGUGAGGUGAUUCUGAUGGUGGGACUGCCUGGGUCUGGAAAGACGCAAUGGGCACUGAAAUACACAAAAGAAAACCCUGAGAAAAGAUACAAUGUCCUGGGAGCUGAGACUGUGCUCAAUCAAAUGAGGAUGAAGGGGCUCGAGGAGCCAGAGAUAGACCCCAAAAGCCGAGACCUUUUAGUUCAGCAAGCCUCCCAGUGCCUUAGUAAGCUGGUCCAGAUUGCUUCCCGGACAAAGAGGAACUUCAUUCUUGAUCAGUGUAACGUGUACAGCUCUGGCCAACGACGGAAGCUCCUGCUGUUCAAGACUUUCUCUCGGAAAGUGGUGGUGGUUGUCCCUAAUGAGGAAGAUUGGAAGAAGAGGCUGGAGUUGAGGAAGGAAGUGGAGGGAGAUGAUGUGCCUGAGUCUAUAAUGCUGGAGAUGAAAGCCAACUUCUCUCUGCCUGAAAAAUGCGACUAUAUGGAUGAGGUGACAUACGGGGAGCUGGAGAAGGAGGAAGCUCAGCCCAUUGUCACAAAGUACAAGGAGGAGGCAAGGAAGCUGCUGCCCCCCUCUGAGAAGCGGACAAACCGCCGAAACAACCGGAACAAGCGCAACCGGCAGAACCGAAGCCGAGGACAAGGCUAUGUGGGCGGGCAGCGCCGAGGCUACGACAACCGGGCCUACGGGCAGCAGUACUGGGGGCAGUCUGGAAACAGAGGGGGGUACCGUAAUUUCUACGAUCGAUACAGAGGAGAUUAUGACAGAUUCUACGGGAGAGAUUAUGAGUACAACAGAUACAGAGACUAUUACAGACAGUACAAUCGGGAUUGGCAGAAUUACUACUACCACCACCCCCAGGACAGAGACCGAUACUACAGGAACUACUACGGUUACCAAGGGUAUCGGUGAAGCCCCGGCCAUUGCUGCCUGCCAGCCAUGAAGCCGAAUCUCUGGGGGUGCAAGGCACCCUCCCCCCAAACACAACCAAGGAAAACAGGGGCUGUCGGGGUGGGGCUGAGCUGCC